GCGCCCGGCGCAGCUCGGCCAGAGCGACCGCGGGGCUGAGCGCGCGUCCGCUCGGGGGGCUCCGGAAGCUGCCCCGGCCCGCGGCCCCCUCCCUCGCUCCCGCCUCCCCUUCCUAGCUCACCGCUGCCUUCCUUUCCCGGCUCCCGCGCCGUCCGCCCGCCCCGCAGCCCGCGGCUCCGCGCCCCCUGCAGCCACGAUGCCCGCGGCCCGGCCGCCAGCCGCGGGACUCGGCGGGAUCUCGCUGUUCCUCGCUCUGCUCCUGGGGAGCCCGGCGGCAGCGCUGGAAAGAGACGCUCUUCCCGAGGGUCCUUACCUCCUGCCCUCAGGAGCCCUGGAGAGAGGCAGUCCUGGCAAAGAGCACCCCGAAGAGAGACUGGUAACUGCACCCCCCAGUUCCUCACAGUCCGGGGAAGUGCUGGGAGAGCUGGAGCUGGAUGGGACCGUACCCUCUGCACAUCACGACACCCCAGCCCUGUCACCGCUGCUUCCAGAGGAGGCCCGCCCCAAGCACGCGUUGCCCCCCAAGAAGAAACUGCCUUCGCUCAAGCAGGUGAACUCCGCCAGGAAGCAGCUGAGGCCCAAGGCCACCUCCGCAGCCACUGUCCAAAGGGCGGGGUCCCAGCCAGCGUCCCAGGGCCUGGGUCUCCUCUCCUCCUCCACAGAGAAGCCUGGCCCACCGGGGGACCCGGACCCUAUCGUGGCCUCCGAGGAGGCAUCAGAAGUGCCCCUCUGGCUGGACCGAAAGGAGAGUGCAGUCCCCACAACACCCGCACCCCUGCAAAUCUCCCCCUUCACUUCGCAGCCCUAUAUGGCCCACACGCUCCCCCAGAGGUCAGAACCUGGGGAACCUGGGCCUGACAUGGCCCAGGAGGCCCCACAAGAGGACACCAGCCCCAUGGCCCUGAUGGACAAAGGUGAGAAUGAGCUGACUGGGUCAGCCUCAGAAGAGAGCCAGGAGACUACUACCUCCACCAUUAUCACCACCACGGUCAUCACCACCGAGCAGGCACCAGCUCUCUGCAGUGUGAGCUUCUCCAAUCCUGAGGGGUACAUUGACUCCAGCGACUACCCACCGCUGCCCCUCAACAACUUUCUGGAGUGCACAUACAACGUGACAGUCUACACUGGCUAUGGGGUGGAGCUCCAGGUGAAGAGUGUGAACCUGUCCGAGGGGGAACUGCUGUCCAUCCGCGGGGUGGAUGGCCCUACCCUGACCGUCCUGGCCAACCAGACACUCCUGGUGGAGGGUCAGGUAAUCCGAAGCCCCACCAACACCAUCUCCGUCUACUUCCGGACCUUCCAGGACGACGGUCUUGGGACCUUCCAGCUACACUACCAGGCCUUCAUGCUGAGCUGCAACUUUCCCCGCCGGCCUGACUCUGGGGAUGUCACGGUGAUGGACCUGCACUCAGGUGGGGUGGCCCACUUCCACUGCCACCUGGGCUAUGAGCUCCAGGGCGCUAAGAUGCUGACGUGCAUCAAUGCCACCAAGCCGCACUGGAGCAGCCAGGAGCCCAUCUGCUCAGCUCCUUGUGGAGGGACAGUGCACAAUGCCACCAUCGGCCGCGUCCUCUCCCCAAGCUACCCUGGAAACACCAAUGGGAGCCAAUUCUGCGUCUGGACGAUUGAAGCUCCAGAGGGCCAGAAGCUGCACCUGCACUUUGAGAGGCUGUCGCUGCAUGACAAGGACAGGAUGACGGUUCACAGCGGGCAGACCAACAAGUCAGCUCUUCUCUACGACUCCCUUCAAACCGAGAGUGUCCCUUUUGAGGGCCUGCUGAGCGAGGGCGACACCAUCCGUAUCGAGUUCACGUCCGACCAGGCCCGAGCAGCCUCCACCUUCAACAUCCGAUUUGAGGCGUUUGAGAAAGGCCACUGCUACGAGCCCUACAUCCAGAAUGGGAACUUCACUACAUCCGACCCGACCUACAACAUUGGGACUAUAGUGGAGUUCACCUGCGACCCCGGCCACUCCCUGGAGCAGGGCCCGGCCAUCAUCGAAUGCAUCAAUGUGCGGGACCCAUACUGGAAUGACACGGAGCCCCUCUGCAGAGCCAUGUGCGGUGGUGAGCUCUCUGCUGUGGCUGGGGUGGUGCUGUCCCCAAACUGGCCGGAGCCGUACGUGGAAGGUGAAGAUUGUAUCUGGAAGAUCCACGUGGGAGAAGAGAAACGGAUCUUCUUAGAUAUCCAGUUAGCAUCGCCCGCUGCCUUCAGAGAUGGCUCAGUCCAGGGACGUGGAAAUGAGAAACUGCUUAAGCUGCCCGUGGCGGCAGGCCCAGAGGGAUGGCAGGCCAAGAGCGGGAAUCUCUUUCCUACUCUUUUUCUCUUUGAGAAUAAGAGGGAAAUUGAGAAAAGGGAGAAAGGACGAGGAAAUGGAGAAAUGGAAGAAAAGAAGAAAGGACGUUUCUCUUUUAAAGAGGUGUCAAGGAAUGACUCCUGCUCAGAUUUACCCGAGAUCCAGAAUGGCUGGAAAACCACUUCUCACACGGAGCUGGUGCGGGGAGCCAGAAUCACCUACCAGUGUGACCCCGGCUACGACAUCGUGGGCAGUGACACCCUCACCUGCCAGUGGGACCUCAGCUGGAGCAGCGACCCCCCAUUUUGUGAGAAAACGGAGGAGUCCCUGGCAUGUGACAACCCAGGGCUGCCUGAAAAUGGAUACCAAAUCCUGUACAAGCGACUCUACCUGCCAGGAGAGUCCCUCACUUUCAUGUGCUACGAAGGCUUCGAGCUCAUGGGCGAAGUGACCAUCCGCUGCAUCCUGGGACAGCCAUCCCACUGGAACGGGCCCCUGCCCGUGUGUAAAGUUAAUCAAGACAGUUUUGAACAUGCUUUAGAAGCAGAAGCGGCAGCAGAGACGUCGCUGGAAGGGGGGAACAUGGCCCUGGCUAUCUUCAUCCCGGUCCUCAUCAUCUCCUUACUGCUGGGAGGAGCCUACAUUUACAUCACAAGAUGUCGCUACUAUUCCAAUCUCCGCCUGCCUCUGAUGUACUCCCACCCCUACAGCCAGAUCACCGUGGAAACCGAGUUUGACAACCCCAUUUAUGAGACAGGGGAAACCAGAGAGUAUGAGGUUUCUAUCUAAAGAGAGCUACACCUGAGAAGGGGACUUGUGAACUCAGCCACAAUCUCCUCGAGACAUUCAUCCAGAGACCAUGUGGCAUUUGAUUGAAACCCCAGAAUGUCGACUGUCUUUUCUUUAGACUCUUUAUUGAAGGUUUACUGUUUUCUUCCCUGUAUUUAUUAUAUUUAAAAGUGAAAUAGGUGUGGGUUUGGAUGUUUUGCGGCCUCAGUAAAAUUCAUGUUACAGCCUCAAUUCUGAAGGCAGGUGGAAGACUUGCAAAGUGGCAAAUCGCGGCAGCAAAAACACAAAACAACAGAUGGAGUUUCUCCCAUCAGCAAUGCCAUGCUAAGGCUGCAUCGAAUUGCAUGCAUCUUUGGGAACCAUGCUCAUGGUGUUUUCAGUACAAAUCUAAGUCCCAAGAUUAGGUUGGAAAGGGUAUUUCUUGUUGGCUUAGUUUGGGUUGGAAUUUAGCAUGGGUACUUAAACCCAUUUGGGGAACUGCGCUCCAAAACAAAUUCUGUGUCCUCUCUUCCCAUUCUACCAGCUUCCGAAAGGUUUUACCACAUCCCCUCCCUCUCACAGUUCUUCUGAAGGUAGCAAAGGUGUUACGUAAACAUUGUCUUUUACCACUCUAGCCUUGCUGGACAGUGACAAAACAAGAAAACGUUUUCCUUCUAAAAAGGUGACAAAUGACCAAAGGGAAUUUUUCAGAGAAAAAAUGAGAGAUUUGAGAGUUCCGAUGAAGAACUGGGUGAGGGGGAUCGUUGGGUAAGGGAAGUGGGUUAAUAAAAUGUUCUGUUCUUUGACACUCUUUCAACGAUGAAAGAGCACGUAAUUUAUGCUACGAGUGCCAGAAUCAAUCACCAUGUUCAGCAAGCCACUCUCAAGCUGUGAUAAUAAACACACAGGCUUAGGAGGCACCGGCGGCCCCACUCAUACAGUGACAAGGAUUUGUGAUGGGAAAAAGGAGGUGCUAUGUUUGGAAAUCCAGGGGUGAGCUCUGUUUUCUCCUGGGGUUCUGGAAUAUCUCUCAGCUCUCAAAAUAGAGGAGAGUCAAGUGCACUGAUUCUCUAAAAGGUGUCAUCUUCAGAGUAUACUUGCCAUCAAGUAUUUCAGGGGGCGGGAGGUCCUAUGAGAAGAAACUAUUUUUCUAUUCUCUGAAGCUGUCUGAAUGUUGGAGGGUGGUGUGAAUGCUGACUGAGGAGCUGCAGAGAACAGGGGCAGGAGAUUUUAAAUCACAGCAAACCGUCCAGUGGAAUCCUGUAUCGUCUGACCUGAACAUCGAUGAAGACAGAGAGAGGAAUUUCAUCCAGAAAGGAUUCCAUAGCCCCACAUCUAAUCACACGGGCAUUCCUCCUAUUUUAUCAGGGUCUGUUUUCCCCCAACCCAGUGAAGCUGGUGCAUGUGUGACUCUUUGGAAAAUUCUUUUCUAAAUACAGGAAUAAAGAGAAGGUGGAGGGUGUGGGUGCAUGGAAGAAAUACUAUGUGUAAAGCAGACUCACCUCCCUGGGACCGGUGACGUGGUGGUGACAGUCAAUGGCUUGGACAGGCACACGGGCUCAGUGGCAUUUGGAACUCUCUUUGAUGCCCUCCCAUUCUCUCUGGAAUUGUUUCAAGUCUGCUGGGUUUCAAACAAGAAAAGAUCUUUCUAGCCGUAGGGAGAAUGGUGGGGAAUCUAUGUUUUGGUGGUUACAUUGAAAACAUCUUAAGCAAGAUAGGGAAAGCUGGUUUUAUGCACACAUGUACUCUCCUUGCCAGCAGGAACUCAGACCUCAAUCUUGGGGUCUAAGACCAGAAUAUUUUCCUUCUGCCAGAAAAGAAUCUUGCAUGUAAACUCCUGAAGGCAUGCUUGUGUGGUCCAUGGCAAGAAAUAGCUCAAGGCUGUUUUCCAGGACCCAAAGCCCCAUUUAAUGCAAGAACCAGAGAAGUGUUCCAGGCCAUUAGUGAACAAUGUCAUGUUUGGAGAAAGAUAACAACAAAAAUAAUGUAACCUUUCCUUAAAAGGCAGAACCCAAUCCAUUUUAUUGGAUGCUCAUUCUAACCCUAACCCUGGGUCACCUGGAGUGAAGACUCUAUUAAUAAUAUUUGAUUUUAGAACAUAUUAUGGUUAUGUGAAAACUAAACAUUUGCCUUCUAUAAAGACUGACAAAAUAUAAAUCUUUAUCCUAACCCUAUCCCCAAAACUAGCCAGGCCACACCCCAGGUGUUCUUAUUCGCUAUUGGAAAGAUAGAAAAGGCGUUGGGUUUUUUGUUUUGUUGUUGUUGUUGCUGUCAUUGUUGUUUUUUUCAGGAGACCAGUGUCUCAGUUCUGUCUUAGUAGUACCGCACCUGUAACCAUGUUUUAAAAGUUUGUUUUAGCCUAGAGACGGAUCAUACGAGUUCAACGAUGUACAGUGUGAUUGAAAAGACAGGUUGGUGUCUAUUUUUCUUUUUAAAAUAUCUGAAUGUGUAUUUGUAAUACGUAAAGGUAAAAAAACAAUAGUGCCAAAAAUGUGCAAGGCAUCUCAUUACAGUUCAUAGACGUCUGUUUUUAUAAGAUCAAUAUUAAAACCCAUUGGGAUUAAAUAUUUUUGAAUAGGAUACACUCUUGAGAAACUCGAGAAUGGACUGAGCCUUCCUACAAGCCACUCUUUGUUUUUAAAACAGUGGGGAAAUACGUUUACAGAGAUUGUGAGCUUCAGAGAAUGCAUGUGAUGGCGUGUAUUACAUGCUAAUUCAUAUAAGCUGUAUCUGUCAGCUACCACCCUGUGCUUUAAAAAUGCACACACUCAGCCCUCUUUAGCUUGGAGCUCAGCUUUUUGCUUUUUUUUUUUUUUUUUUUGGUAGAAUUAUUUAGCUAACAUAAGUAUUCUGAUCGCUACCUGAUGGCCAUUCUUACUUAGUUUCAUAGAUGUGCUUUAACUAUGAUCUUUUGAAGCUCACCCCUUGGAGAGCCUAUAGAACCUCAGGCUGAUAGCUUUGAAAACUGCCACACAGCCCAGAAGGAAGCAAAGCGUCUGCAUAAUCAGGAGGGUUGUGUAAGAAGUAGUGAUUUGGCAAAUAUGUGGGUAGCUUUAGGCUGAGGCAUGGGCCUCAGGCAAAAAUGCCCUUUGAGUGAAUCCAAAGGGCAUGACCUUCCUAUGUCCUUGACUAGGCAUGAUGGGUCAUUUGAGGUCAGAUAUUAUUUGAGUUGUUCAGCACCCCCAAAGGUAGGCUUUCUCCUGGGAAAUCUUCAUUUCCAUUUUAUCGCCAAACGGAAUAAAAAGCAAAACAAACUUUCUAAGCUAGAAUAAUGAAAUUAAGUCAUUUUCCACUUUGUAUAUAUUGAUGCUAAUAAAACCGAUGAAAAAGA